GAUCCUGACGGUGAGGACAAGGUUCCUGGCGGUGAGGACAAGGUUACUGGCGGUGAAGACAAUGUUCUUGGCGGUGGGGACAAGGUUCCUGCCUUUGAGGACAAGGUUCCUGCAGGUGAGGACAAGGUUCCUGGAGGUUAGGACAAUGUACCUGGUGGUGAGGACAAGGUUCCUGGCGGUGAGGACAAGGUUCCUGCCGGUGAGGACAAGGUUCCUCGAGAUUAGGACAAUGUUCCUGGUGGUGAGGACAAGGUUCCUGGCGGUGAAGACAAGGUUCCUGGCGAUGUGGACAAGGUUCUUGGCGGUGAGGACAAGGUUAAUGGCGGUGAGAACAAGGUUACUGACGGUGAGGACAAGGUUCCUGGCGGUGAGGACAACGUUCCUGGCGGUGAGGACAAGGUUACUGGUGGUGAGGACAAGGUUACUGGCGGUGAGGACAACGUUCCUGGCGGUGAGGACAAG